AUGAAUUCGGCGCCAAUCUUCCGCUUCGCCCAGCUCUCCCUGAGCGCGGGCAUCCCGCGGGCGACAGUACGAAACGGCCACACCUGGUCGCGACGCAGGACGGCCAAGCCCGAACUCUCCAACUUCGCCCCCGGUCACGGCGAGCAGAUCUGGGUCUGGCACCACCUGACCUCCCAUCAGAUCAUCUACUCGCACACGCCUCAGCUCGACUCCAACCACGCUCUCAAACAACUCCCCUUUAUCGCGAAAAAGUCAACCCCGGCCAAGCUCCGCAAGGACCUCUGGCGGCCCAUGGCCCUCAUCCAGUUCCCCGCGGGCGCCGGCACGGCAGGCCAGUCGGCCUUUCAGAAGCUGCGCGAGUACCGGCGGCGCCACGAGCUCGAGUGGGGCGACGAGAAGCUGUACCGGACCAAGGAGGACGCGGCGACGGGCCGGCUCGUGCGGUCGACACGCACGCGCAAGGAGCGUGGCUUCGCCAUUCACGAGCAGCGCGAGAACGCCAUUGCCGACAUGGCGGCCGUGCUCGCGGGCGGCGGCCGCGGCAGCAGACUGUGGGUGAGCGCCGCCGAGCGGACGCUCGUCGAGGCCGGCGGCGAACUCCGGGGCAAGCGCUGGUCGACGGACGCGCCGAAGGAGAGCAGCGCGGAUAGGCAGCUGCUCGAGGCGACGGUCUUCUGGAGGGACCAGCAGGACAAGAACUUUGCGAGCGCGUGGAGCGCCAACGUCAAGCACGAGCUGUUUGAGGACGCCAAGGCAUUACAGGGCGCCGAGGCGGCUGAGGUUGAGCAGGCGGUCGACACGGCGACGCCUGUUGCGAAAGAGGCGUGA